AUGAUAUCUAAGUACUAUGCGAUAAUUCUGGAUGUUUCUAACCAAGAACAGUUAACAGUCAUUUUGCGUUUUGUUGAGUGUGAUACAGUUAGUGACAGCUCAGGAAAAGGGCUUUUUGACACAUUUUUAGAGCAAGCAAAGGAGUUAAAACUGAAUAUGUUUGACUGUCGGGGCCAGUCGUAUGAUAAUGGUUCUAAUAUGAAAGGGAAGAAUUCUGGUGUUCAGUCACGAAUUCUACAAACAAAUACGAAAGCUCUGUAUGUGCCUUGUGCUAAUCACUGCUUGAAUUUAGUUGUGGUUGACAGUGUCAAGUCGUCAACUAGGGCUUUAUCAUUCUUUGGUGUUCUGUCCAGGUUGUACACCAUAUUUUCAUCAUCCACACAGCGCUGGAGCAUUUUGAAAGAACAUGUGGAGAUUGCUGUUAAAAAUCAAUCGGACACUCGAUGGGAAAGUCGAAUUAACUUUGUUAUGGAAAAUGAAAUCAGAGCAACUGAGGCAUUUUUAGAGAAGUAUCGAGAAAAUGGAUUCUCAAGUGCUGAGACCACAGCCCGUGAAAUUGCAGAAGAACUAAAUAUUUCAAGAAAUUUUCCAUCAAUUCGCAACAAUAGGAAGAAAAAAUUGUUUGAUUAUGAAGGAGACGACGAAAGCGCAUACAAAGACAACACCCUUUUGCUGAAGUGCCAGAAUUUUCACAAUAAAAUGAGUGAUAUAGAUCCGUUUGAAAUGGAGAUGGAAUUAAAGCGAUUUAUUCAUCUAGUUUUAGAAAACGAUGAAAAACUAAAAACUGCAAUACAUUUUCUGAAUUAUAUCAACAGCAAAUGUCUCCAGGAGGUGUAUCCUAAUGUCGCUAUCGCACUCCGUGUUUUGUUGACUUGCCCUGUGACAGCAGCAACUGCUGAAAGAAGCUUCAGUAAAUUAAAACUUAUCAAAAAUUUCCAUCGCUCAACAAGGACGCAAGAUCGGCUGUCUUCUCUAGCCAUGCUCUCAAUAGAAAGCGACUGUGCCCGGAAGAUAAACUGUGACCACCUUAUUGAGGUCUUUGCAGACUCAAAAGUUCGUCGAAAGCAUUUAGUUGAGCCUCAUUGA